GUGUACAAUCGGCUCCGGAGCCAUCUUCGGUGACAAUCGGCUUUUCUCGGUGGUUUCCGUCAGCGGCCAAAGCGGCUGGAAAUCGCGAAGAGCUCGGGAAUUUCCGUAAACCAUCGGGUCUUUCCGCAUGAUCCCGUUUAUUCCUUUUACUUUUCGGAAAGGGUGAUCGGGUGUUGUCGAGGUCCACUUUCGUGUGUUUCCGGAAGUCUGUUCGGCUGUUUCCGGAGAGAUGGACGAGGCUCAAGCAACCCGGCUAGGGUUAUCAGAAGCAGCGGCAGCAGUGGCUGCGGUGGCUGCUGCUGCUGUACGGGAUGGGCCAGAAGUUGCCUCGGUCACUGUCAUGACUGGGCCCGAUGGAAGAAGCCCUGCAGGAAACGGCUAUACAGAGGUCACAGUGUCCAGUGUUGGAGCACCAGGAGAGAAUGUCUUCACCACGUCAGUGGCCAGCACAGCCUCCCUCUCUGAUCAUGUCCUGGCAGAGAGAGCUUCCCUGCAAAUUGGAGACAGCCUGAGCACAGAAAAAGCCACCCUGAUAGUAGUACAUACCGAUGGCAGCAUUAUGGAAACACAGAACAUCAAAGUGCCAACAGCCUCCAUGACCCCUGGAUCUGAUAGUUCAUCAAACUCGCAGUCCCCAGGACCAGAGAAAGAUGGCACAAAAUACAACUGGGAUCAAUCUGCUUAUGACAGUGAACUACCUGUGCGGUGUCGUAAUAUAAGUGGCAUCCUGUACAAGAACCGACUCGGAUCAGGAGGCCGUGGGCGGUGUGUGAAGCAUGGAGAUGGGUGGUACACUCCAACGGAGUUUGAGGCCAUGGCAGGCAGAGCCAGCAGCAAAGACUGGAAAAGAAGUAUCCGAUAUGCAGGAAGACCCCUACAGUGCCUUAUACAGGAUGGCCUGCUGACCCCUCAUGCUGCAUCCUGUACGUGUGCAGCCUGCUGUGAUGACCUCAGUCUGAGCGGUCCAGUUCGCCUGUUCAUUCCAUACAAACGUCGGAAGAAGGAGGUAGAGAUGUCUGCAGUUUCAGCCAAGAAUGACCCAGCAAAGAAUAUCAGCCUUCUGCCAGCAACAGCCGAAACCACCUUCACUGUGUCCUCGUCUGGACAGAUCACAGCUACAGAUUCGCUGACCUUUGAGAGAGAGGCCACUGCAGAAGGAACCGCUAUCCUCACCGAUAGCCCUACGCAGGGAGAUGUGUACACUGGAGCCACAGUGUUGUCCUCUCUCCCAGCACUCGCUCUUGCUCCCAGUACUCCCACUAAGGAGUCCUCUGCUGCUGUGGUGAAUGGAUUGGAGGUAUCCGAGCAGCAGAGGUCCUGGCUGUAUCUGGAAGAAAUGGUGAAUUCUUUGCUCAGCACUGCACAGCAGCUGAAGAAUUAUGUGGAACAGGCCAAGAAUGAGGUAGCAGCUGCCUCCGAGAGGAAGGAGUUCCCAAGUCAUUUGUUUCAGCAAACAGAAGAAAUGGAUGGAAAGCAUGAGAUAUUACUUAGGCAGUCCUGUGUUAACUGUGGAAGAGAAGCCCUUAAUGAAUGUACAGGCUGCCACAAAGUCAAUUACUGCUCCAUCUUCUGCCAGCGCAAGGAUUGGAAGGAUCACCAACAUCUUUGUGGCCAGACCGCCACCUUGUCUGUCCAUGCUGAGGACGUUCAUGUCACGGAGAAGGAUCCCGUCUGAUUGUCAUCAAGCACUACGUCCUACUAAGCUGUAUGAAAUCCUGCAGAG